AUGUCCGCGCUCCCCGCCGCUGCCGACAUCAAGAGGGCUCUGGAGAACAGCCCCGAGACCAACAUCGAAGAUGAGUUGCCCGACGGGCCGUCGCAGCCGCGGCCCAAGAACUACCUGCUCCUCAGCAUCCUCGCUUGCUUCUGUCCCGCCUAUCCCGUCAAUAUCGUAGCCUUCGUCUUUGCUGUCAUGGCUUUAAACAGUUAUAAUCAAGGAGAUAUAGAAGGAUCAAAAAGACUGGGUCGCAAUGCGCUCUGGGUGGCUGUGGCAUCGAUUAUCAUUGGCCUUGUCAUCAUUGGAGUCUAUUGUGUAGUUCAUUUCACAACGGGGGCAAAGAGCCUGGCGCCACAGCCCUGCUGGAGCGAGGCCCGGCAGGAGCCCCGGCCGGUUAUCGAGUGCUCGGUGCCGGAACCUUCGCGCCGGGCUCCGGUUGUCCCGGGGCGGCAGUGCGGGUGCGCGGCCGGACGGAAGCGGAAGCCCUGGGAGGUGGGGAGCGGCGGGCUCGGCAGGCGAGAGGUGGGUUCCCUUGUGCGGGCAGGGCAGGGGGAGCCCCGGGGCAGUGGGGAGAAGCGGGGCCGGGGGCUGGCGUUUGCUACGGAGAUGGUUCCUAUGGCGACGAAAGGGCCGCGUGGGGCGCUGGGGCCGCUGGGCUGCAAGGCCCGGGUUUGCCCCCCGCACGGGGACCCGGUUGCCAUCUGUGCAGUGCCCGUAACGAGCUUACAGGGAACAGCAGUGUCCUGCCCUUAA